CAAUCUCACCGUGAGCGGUGGAAGUCUUCCAUAAGUGGUAGACGUCUUCCACGAUCGGUAGACGUCUUCCGUAAGCGGUAGACGUUAUUCCGGGCAACAGGUAGACGUCUUCCGGAAGCGGUAGACAUUACUCCGGGCAACGGUAGACGUCUUCCGGAAGCGGCGGACGUACAGUGCUUCUCCAUCUUGAGACUAGACGGUGACGAUGUCGGACAAAGCGGAGCUGAAGGCGGAGCUGGAGCGCAAGAAGCAGCGCCUGGCGCAGAUCCGCGAGGAGAAGAAGCGAAAGGAAGAGGAGCGCAAGAAGAAGGAGGUGGACGUCAAGAAGGAGCCAGCGCCCGAUGAGUCUGAUCUGGAGAAGAAGCGAAGGGAGACGGACGCCCUCCUGCAGAGCAUGGGGAUUCCCGCCGAUGCCCCGCUGACCUCGGUGCAGGACUCGCCGACGCUGUCCAAGGCGGUGAGCACGCCCAGCGAGACCGGCAGCCAGGAGUCCAUGGAGACGGUGGCCGCCGGAAGGACCCUGCAGUGGGACUCUGACCCCACGGUGUUACAGCUCCUCGCAGACUCUGAGUCAGGGCGGAGAGGCCACAAGCUGGGCCUGGCCAAGGUGACUCAGGUGGACUUCCCGCCGCGGGAGCUCGUCACCUAUGCCAAGGAGACGCAGACGCCAUUCCCCACCAGCCACCCCGCAGACGAGGAGGACGAGGAGGAGGAGGUGGCGGGGCAGAAACCCUCCUCGGAGCCCGAAGUGCUGGUGGAGCAGAAGGAGGAGGAGGAGGAGAAGAAUGCUGCCGCGCACGAGCUCACCGAGGAAGAGAAGCAGCAGAUCCUCGCCUCGCACGACUUCCUGGGCUUCUUCACGCGCAGCACGCGCAUCAUCGAGCGUGCGCUCGCUGAGGAGGGUGACAUCUUCUUCGACUACAGCGGCCGCGACGGCCUGGAGAAGGAGGGGGAGAUGCAGGCGGGCGUGAAGUUGUCCAUGCAGCGGCAGUUCUACGACGAGCACUGGUGCAAGCACCGCAUCGUCACCUGCAUGGACUGGUCCCCACAGUACCCGGAGCUCCUCGUGUCCUCGUACAGUAACAACGAGGCGGCGCCCAACGAGCCGGACGGCGUGGCGCUCGUGUGGAACAUGAAGUUCAAGAAGUCCACGCCCGAGUACAUCUUUCACUGCCAGUCGUCGGUGAUGUCCGCCUGCUUCGCGCGUUUCCACCCGAACCUGGUGGUGGGCGGCACCUACUCGGGACAGAUCGUGCUGUGGGACAACCGCUCCAACAAGCGCACGCCAGUGCAGCGCACGCCCCUCUCGGCCGCCGCACACACGCAUCCGGUUUACUGUGUCAACGUCCUGGGAACUCAAAAUGCUCACAACCUCAUCAGCGUCUCCACCGAUGGCAAGAUGUGCUCCUGGAAUCUUGACAUGCUCUCUCAGCCCCAGGACAGCAUGGAGUUGUCUCACAAGCAGUCCAAGGCGGUGGCCGUCACGUGCAUGGCCUUCCCGCUCGGCGACGUCAACAACUUCGUGGUGGGGAGCGAGGAGGGCUCGGUGUACACGGCGUCACGGCACGGCAGCAAGGCCGGCAUCUGCGAGAUGUUCGAGGGCCACCAGGGCCCCAUCACGGGCAUCGCCUGCCAUGCCGCCGUGGGGCCCGUUGACUUCUCCCACCUCUUCGCGACGUCGUCCUUCGACUGGACGGUCAAGUUGUGGAGCACCAAGAGCAACAAGCCGCUGUACUCGUUUGAGGACAACUCGGACUACGUGUACGACGUGGCGUGGUCACCCACGCACCCCGCGCUCUUCGCCUGCGUGGACGGCAUGGGCCGCCUGGACCUCUGGAACCUGAGCAACGACACAGAGGUGCCCACGGCGAGCGUGGUGCUUGACGGGGCGCCGGCGCUGAACCGCGUGCGCUGGGCCCAGUCGGGCCGCGAGGUGGCCGUCGGUGACGCAGAGGGGCGCUUGUGGAUCUACGACGUGGGAGAGCACGUGGCUGUGCCGCGGCCCGACGAGUGGACGUCCUUCGCCAAAACGCUCACGGAGCUGCAGGCGAACCGCGCCGACGCCGAGGAGGAGGCCGCCGCCAAGCUCACGGCCGCCCCCCUCUGAGAGCCGCCGCGCUCAACCGCGCCCCAUAGCGCUUAGGCUCCUCGACCCACCCGACGCUCAUCUACCCCGCGACUACCAUCGCCCGCCACUCGCCGACUACUACUACACUACCACGUCGUCGUCACCCCCCCCCCCCCCCCACUCGUCUCGCCACCAACCCACCGCGCAACGUUAAUCACGAGCCGGUUGGCUCGCCCCUCCCCGCGCAGCCACUCAACCCACAUCUCACUCCCUUCUCUGACCACCACUCUCCUACCCACACCAUCACUCCUCUCACUUCUUCGCUCCACCCACCCCACCCAACCCCACCACUCCCGUCUUCCCUUCCUGCACGCACCCCUGAGUCUUAGGACCGCUUUAUACGCGAUGCCGCAAUAGGCCGAUGUGAGCAAGCAGACCCCGAUGCGCUUAACCGACGGUGGCCAAAAAGCAAAGAAUUGCACGCAGGCAUUGUUGUCGCUUUGCGUCUACUGGGAAUAGAGGAUUGGGGGGGGGUUAGAGUCUCGCGCGGGUUAAGUUUGCAGUUAGGUUCACGGUUAAGUUUGGUGUUGUAGUUAGAGGGUGGGUUUGGGGCGAAGGGUUGGGGUCGGGGUUAAACAACCCCCACCAUAUCUGUCGCAGAACCAUCCGCCACACCACCACCAGCGAAACCGCGUGCGAUUCGAACGGAGUUCCAGCUAGACUGCCCGCUGUGUCUGCCGGGGUCACGGAAGAAGGGGUCAGCCUCUCCGUCCUAUCCGCUCCAAGCGGGGGGGUUGCUGCGAUAGGAUCCCUUUGCCGAUGCGGUGCGGCUGUUGAAUUUCAUGACGCUUGUUCCCUCAACGCUUGCGACUGAACCGCCUUUGCUUACGUCGCAACUUUGUUACCCCUCCGACGAUUACAGAGCACUUAAAGGGUUAUUCCUCGACGGUUCGCUCAACCGAAGCCGUCUCGUCGCUGCAGCUGUACAACAUGCGUUGCAUGCGCUGUCAGAAAAUGCCCCAAGUGUAUCCAGCAAACAUUUUACAGUGCACCGGUCUUGUGGGCAACAGCUCUUUGUUUAGACCUUUAAUUGCCGUUGUCAUCAAUUAUUGGUAUUUUAUAAAACAUUUGGUGUCAGGAAUUUUUACUUUCAAACGUAUUUAUAUAUAAAAAAAAAAUCGAGCAAGGGUGACGAUAUUGCGCAGCAGGCCAUCGGGGGGGGGGGGUUGGGGAGCCCCCCCCCCCCCCCCCCCCGAGGAUUCACGGAGUGGCUCCGGUGACGGACGUGGGUGGGACACCUCGCCCCCCCCACGCAUGGAGCCGGGCGACGAUGGGGUGAGGUGGCGGAUGGUGGCGGGGGGGGGGGCGGGGUUGCUACGUGCGACGCGCGGCCAUCGCGGUCGUUUUAGGCUUCGCUGCCGAGGGCGGUUCGUUCCUCUUAGCCCCCGCUAAAACUCACCGCCCCACCAUUCCCUCCGCGUCGUCACAGACGAGAGGAACCAGCGUCGGUCCGUCGGUCCUUCUGUGGCUACACGUGUGAAGCCUUGUAAAACAUUCGGCUUGCCGACGUGGUGGCGAUGGCCGCUCGGCCUGACGCGCACGCCACGAAUCUCCCUAACCCUCCAGUAGCAACCCCCGGGACCCCAGCCAGCCAGCCGAACCAAUGGGGCGCCCUCGCCGCUAUGGUCGGCACGUGGGACGGCUUGCGAUUGGCUGGGUGGACGGAGGUCGCCGGAGCUGAACCCCCCCCCCCCCCUCCCAAUGCAAGGUCGGGGGCUGGAUCGCAAUGAAGCAUCUGGACACCAGCAAAAAUACAGGAGGUAGGGAUCUCAGUUGUUGUGUAAUGAACUCUCUUAACUGGGUCCUUUGCAAGCUUCCACAGGGCAGGUUUUAAUGUGACGCACCCGUCCACACACGCACGCACAGCUGAUGUAUCGUAACUAGGUUUAUCGAUGGAUUAUCAGAAAUAAUGCAUGAUGGAAUUAAUAGGAAAAGAUGGGUUUGCAAAAGCGGCCCUUUGUGAAGUGUCGUGGAUAAGUGGUGUGUCUAUAAAAUACACCGUAGCUUUUUUAUUACCGUCUUUAAAACUUCAAAUUAAAACCUCAACAAAACAAACCUAGCAAGCCAGGCCUACAGGUGCUCCUAACAUAUGCAUGUAAACCACCCGCAGCAAAUGCAGAUACAAAUCCUACAACUUAGCGCUUGUGUGUCCGUAAGUCAUUUUCAGUCAUUGCGACGCAUGAAGACAACUGGUAUUAAGGCAUCAUCCGCCUUUGCUUGAAUUACGAAUCGUCAGAAAUGCUCGACCGGGUUGGUUAAAAAAAGAGUUUCCAGUAAGAACGGUGUUGAGAGUUCCGUAUGCGCGUGUGGUGCUGGUCGGGAUGUGUGUGUGUGUGUACGUUUAACUUCUUUCACACCGUACGUAGCCGACUGCACUGAUCGGAGGUGUGGGGGGCCAAGGACGACAAAAGAAACACAAAACGGCAGAACGAAAGGAAUGAGUUUUCCAUGGAGGGAGUGAGUUUUCAAUCGUUUGCGAGACCGCACGCUCGACGUCAAACUCGGUGGCGGAGCAAACGCGUGGAUCGCGGGAACAAGCGCCGAAUCAAGAGACGUGGCAGCCACGAUUUAAGAAAAGCUCGCGGAUGGGUGUUGGCGAGACACCACAGCUCGGGACGGCGACCGAUGGAUGAGAUGACACGGAGUGGCAGGCGAAGGAGAGGACGCCCAUCAGCGGAGAUGGAGCGACGGGAUUGGUUCCGUGCGCCGGCGUGAAGAUGGAUGGUGGCAGCACUGUACCGGGAGGGAUGACGUUUGGGAGGCCUUCAACAAGCAGUGGAUAGACCUUGUCUUGGCGAUGAUGAUGAUGAUGAAUGGUCAUGUUGGUGCACGCUUGUCUUCGGAGGCAGGGUUGGUGGAUCGCACGGAGAUAAUUGUGUGUAGGGAGACGCUCGCCCACAGGGCUACGUGCGGCUGACGGCUUUGCAGUGCAUGUCCCCUCGUGUUUAUGGGGAUUUUCUCCGUGAACUAGGAGCUGUAGCAAUUUGUUGAUCCAUCAUUACAGACCUUUUUUUCUGUCAGCGCGUGAUACAUGCAUCCAAUGACCCCGACGCGUUAGAGUACCAACGCGGUUUGUUUUUAUUUGUACGAGUUAACACGCGAUAUGUCCUCGUCACCUCUGCAGCCACUCGUGGGCCACUCCAUUCGCCGCAAUGUUACAAAAAAGUCGAUUCUGGAAUCCAAUCACGGGGGCUGGGGGGGCGUAGUUGAAUAGAAAUGUUACACCCCCCCCCCCGUCCAACUGGGCCAGUGGAGUUUCCUCCCGUACGCAACGGCGCUAAUUGACGGCACAAACUUUUCAACGUGGCAGGGGACCAGUGGUGGAAAUGGGCCAGAACGCCAUGGUAGCAGUGAAAAUCUGAACCCCGUGACUGCGUUCCGGAAGGAAUCGAGGAUUAAUUAUUUGACUCGCAGAUAGAUCCCCCCCCCCCUCCCCCCUCAAACUAACAAGAGAGACCCACAAGAGACCCACAGACACGCAUAAAUACCCACGGACAUACGCAGAGACCGACAGACACGCACAGAGACCCGCACACGGAGCGAAGCUCUUCACAUCUCGGGUACACUCCAGAUUUAGUGGGGGUGGGGUCGGGGGUCAUGUACGAGUCCCCCCGGUCAUUCCAUUUCCAGCCCUGGGCAGGACCCUCGUGCGAGACUCUCCCGUGAACGCCAGUGCCGUCACGGGGAUGGAUGAAUGGCACAAUGCAUUUGCUGCGCCAGGAUUCACUAAUUCCGUAGAGUUAUUUUGUUCUCCGUAUCGGAUGGUGUUCGUCGUUUCACGGGGAGUUGAGAGAGGCGAGUAGAGAGGCCAGCGGUUCGGUUUCCUGCUUUUAAACUGCGACACAAACCGAAACUGCUGGCCUUGCGCGCCCUGCCUUUAAAAAAAACAAAACUCAACUUUAACAGUAACGUUCCGUUGAAAGCGAUCCUUUUGCAUACUUCUCCAGGGAAUAUAUUACACGCUGGACCAACGGAAGGUCCGGCACGGGCCGUUUCCCGCCGUGCACGUGGGCCACGUUUCGCGUCCACGUGUGCGUCACGUGCACGUGACCCACGCGCGCGUCGCGUGGCCCACGCGCGCGUCACGUGACCCACGUGUCUUGCCGCCGCGUGCUUUUUGUGCGCCGCGUCGUUGGGGCUUUUUCCUGCUCACAAGCGUGCUUUAUGUCUUCUCCGAGCCUCAGUUUGCAGUCAUCUGUUAUUAUUAUUACAAAGGUUAAUCUGCUUUGUUAAUAAGGACUAAAGUCAUCUGGGAUCAGAACCCCUCUGCCAGUGCCCCACCCGCUUGCCAUUGAGAUGCUGAUUAUAAUAUUGACACAACUAUGUACGUUAUAAUAGCAAUUAAUGUAAUUAUUCACCGUUAUUUGUUAAUCUUACUGCUGGGUUAAGACAUUUCCCACGCCGUCAGUCAUGGGGGUUGUUUGACCGUACUUCACCACGCUGGUCAGUGCGGUUUGGUGAUGGGGGGUGGGGGGGCGAGACUGGUUCAGAUAUCAUUCGGUGCAACUGGUGUUGGCCGUGGCCGGGAGUCGAACUUGGAGAGCCAAGUUCGUCGUGGUGCGGUGUGCGAACAACACCCCCAUCGCCCCCCCCCCACCACCCCGUCCGCCAAAUCAUUUUGAGUAAGAUUCCCAAUAUCAAAUACGGUUUGGCAUGUACUAAACAAUAUAGCAUUUACACUACGAAAAACUUGGCACGCAGUUCGUCACAUUGGCCAUCAUUGUACAGUUGAAAAGUUUGACGCGAGCGUAAAAAAAUUCAAAUCGGCUUUGGUUGGCAACGUCCGAGUUAUUGUCUGCGUGACGUUUGCUCGCGAAUUGGCCAUGGAUGUAUUGAAUGUAGCAUUUUUGCAAUGAUGUUUAAGCAACCACAAUUGACGUUUUUUUUCUCCUCCGGUUUUUUGAUAUAAAACCUCAAAAAAAAUAUUUGUUGGGAAUUAUCGGCAAAUAAUGAUUGAUCCUUCCACAAUAAUACUCAAUAAAGGCAAGAGAAACUGAA